AGGAGCCGGGAGGGAAUGGUAUUUAACCCGGGGCCGGCCGGGUGCGACGGCAGAGACAGGAGACUAACCCCACGCGAGAGGCUGGAAGAGCGGCGGCUCAGUCCCCUCUCGAGUCUGGAAGCCGUCGCGGGGAGUGGGCAGCGUGGGCUCCGUCGCCGUUCCCCGGCAACUCUGCGGAGCCCUUCCCGUCUUCUGCCGCCAUGAAGUGCCAGUCGCCGGCUGGGCAGAGUUGCAUCAGCCGCCGCCGCUUCCUGCCGCUGCUGUUCCUGCUGUUCCUCCACCUGCCCGCCGCCGAACUCCAGUCAUGUUGCCCGCCUGCUCCGUCUGGGCGCGGGGCGCGGCUCCCGUUGCCCAGGAAACCGUGGGACUCAAACCACCAUUCUACCUGGCUUCCGAAGAGGCUGUCGAAGAAGGACGGGGUGCCUUGGCUGGCUCAGAAGCAACCUGGGAUGGCAGACAGCUUGCUUUCCCUCCGAGAGCUCCCCAGGCCCAGGCGGAACUCCCUGCAGCUUGGCUAUGGCCCUCUGCCUUGGCCCGCACUGAUGCCAGCCCUUCAUCGAAAGCGCCGUGCUGCCCAACUAAUGCGCGUGGGUUGUGCUUUGGGCACUUGCCAAGUGCAGAAUCUCAGACACCGGCUUUGGCAGCUGAAGGGCCAGUUGGGACGCCAGGAUUCCUCCCCCAUCAGUCUCCAUAGUCCCCACAGCUAUGGCUGAUGGCAGCGGGGGAUGCCAGGACUGGAAAGGCAGCUGCUCCUUGCCCUGAACACGUCCAGCAGCCUCUCCUCCUUGAGACCUCCCAUGCCACCCGCUGGUCUUCCUGCUGGACCUACUUGUAGGGCAUUCCCCUGGUGGGUGGGGUGAUGUGGGCCUUGAAAAAAAGUGGGGCGGGGCUGCUGCUGGAGGGGCCUGAGUCCCAGCUCUCACCUCACAGGAGGUGCGCUGGGUGCAGCUGUACAAUAGCCAAACUUCAUCCUGGCAAGAGGGAGUUGAAGGUUUAUCAAUAGAUGGGAUCAUUCCAUAUUAAUACUGGUAGCAUCAUAGGAGAACCAGCUCUGGCUUUCAGUGAAUGAGUCUCUUCCCUGCACGCAUCCUAAAAACAAAUAAAAAGAUUUAAGCAUG